UUGUGGGAGAGGGAUGGAAGAGUUUGCAGCCUGUUAUAACAUGGAGUGUUUUGGUUAUCAUAACAUAAUAAUAAUAAUAAUAAUAAUAAUAGUCUAUCCUUUUCGAUAAUAAAAUAGAAAUCCGGCAGGGCAGGCCGGCCGGCCGGCUCUAUCGGGAUCGUGCCGACCUUUGGAUUGGUGGAUGAAUGAAGUGACACAUUUUUCGUCGGCAAAGAUACGUGUAUCUAUGCCUCCCCAAUGAGUGUCCAUAAAACUAAAGAUUAAAAUCAAGGGGUGGAAUGAUUAGUGAGAACAAAAAGAGUAUCAACAGCUUGGCUAUGAACGAGCCUCGACGAAGAUCCUAAUGCAACUAGGACAAACCGAUGACCUUUCUCCCAACUUUAUGACAAGCUCAUCUUGACAUUACAAUAUUACAUCAAUUUGAAUUAUUGGGUGGAUUCUAGUUACUAAUGAACCGGUCACUAAAUAUUGAAUUCUUGACGAAUUCAGUCACCCAAAUUUGAAAUAGUAACAUGUUUGUUUGGAGUAUUUGGUAUUACAAUGUUGCUUCGUUGAAAUUAAAAGAGAAGAGGGCAAGAUAAACUCUUCAUAUAAUAUGCAUAGAUAGGAAUUAGAGUGGGUGACAAAUUUAAUUCGAAAUGAGUCGUUUAUAUUACCUAAUGAGAAUGUGUAUGAAUUCUUAUUUGAUUAGUUGAGGACACUUAUAUUGGUGAUCAUAUUAUACAUUUAUUAUAAUAAUGGCUAUAAGGAUUGAUUCUCUUCUAUUCGCUUUAUACUACUAGUUCUAUCUAAAAUUUCGAUGAUGCCUGACAAGUAUACUUUUUUCUCUUGUGGUAGAUUUUUAGUUCCCAUUGGAGGGCCAUUUUUCGUUUAGUUUUUGCAAGGGAACAUUCCAUUCCUUUCGUGUUUGAGCACUUUCACAAUUGAUUCUGGUACGACGGAUCCAUCUCAUAGUCUAGGAGUACUACAUUGGCUGACAUCUUAGUUACAUUGUUUGAAUUGUCAGAUUCUCAAAUGUUCUUUUGAAUUAAGUCUAUAUUCUUUUUGUGUCUUUCUCGUUUUAUACAUGUCAGUUUGCUCUUUGGAGUUUUCACAUAGUUGUUUAUUUAGUGACAAAAUAGUCUCUUUUACCAUUAGUCCGAUCAAAUGAAGACUAUCACAAAUCGUUCUUACCACUCUUAUAAUUAGAUUGCUCGAUUAUGCCUUCUAAGCUGAUGUUAAGAAGAAAUUGACUAGGAUUAAUCAAGUGAAUGUUACCUAUUUCAAACUUCAGUGACAAACUUUCUUAUAUAUCAAAACUUUAGUGACCAUUUGUUCAAUUGAUGACCACCACCCCUUUCAUUUACUGUACAUAAAUCAUUUUCAAUUUUAAUUACACAACUUAACGCAUUAAUAAUAAUAAAUACUUUCAAUGAUCUUUGUCUUUACCGCCGAACAAAAGAAUAAUCCACCGGCAGUUGUUUUAAUGAAACCAAAAAUUAACUUUCCCAUAACCAUUUUGCAUAUAUAUCUUCUUCUUCUUGUUAUAGCUCUCUUCCCACACAACGAUCUCUUCCCAAGUUUCUCUGUAGAACAUUAACAUAGCUCACCAUGUGCUCUGUCUUCACCCUAAAGCCCUGUAAUGUCGCCAUAGCAGCUGCUAGUACCAUUGCAGAGCCGUCGUGGAAGAGGAAAUAUGCCUCUGCAAGUGCACAAGUGGUCACCAAUAUCGCAACGAUCGCUCCAAAGAAUCGAUCUUCGUUGCUGCUGAAGCAAUUAGGAAUCCCUCAUACCGAUCUGCGCGUGGAGGAGAUUGUGGAGAGGCAGUCGUCUAAUAAGGAGUUUUAUAGCAGUGGCAGCAGCAGCAGCUUCAGUACUGAUCAUGAACUCAGCAGGAAGAUUAAGCCAGAGUUGGAUGGUGAAUUCCUUGAUGAAUCCUACGAGAGGUGCAGGGAAAUUUGUGCUGAAUAUGCCAAGACUUUCUACCUAGGAACUAGGCUAAUGACAGAGGAUAGGAGAAAGGCGAUAUGGGCUAUCUAUGUUUGGUGCAGGAGAACAGAUGAACUGGUUGACGGUCCAAAUGCAGAUUAUAUGAUGACCAAUUCGACGGUGUUGAACAGAUGGGAAGAGAGAUUAGAAGACAUAUUUGUUGGUCGUCCUUAUGACAUGUAUGAUGCUGCUCUCACUCAUACCAUCUCCCAAUUCCCUCUUGACAUCAAGCCUUUCAGGGACAUGAUCGACGGAAUGAGAAUGGACACAUGGAAACCAAGGUACCAGAACUUCGAAGAACUGUACCUCUACUGCUACUACGUCGCCGGGACAGUGGGGCUGAUGAGCGUCCCAGUCAUGGGGAUAUCUCCAACCUCCUCUGCCUCUGCUCAAACCAUCUACGACGCAGCUCUCUACUUGGGCAUUGGCAAUCAGCUCACCAACAUCCUUCGCGACGUCGGCGAAGAUGCAUUGAGAGGCAGAGUAUACCUUCCUCAAGACGAGCUAGCACAGUUCGGGCUGUCCGACAGAGAUGUAAUGUCAGGGAAAGUAACAGACGGGUGGAGAGAAUUCAUGAAAGCUCAGAUCACGAGGGCAAGAUCGUACUUCAACCUCGCCGAGGAAGGAGCCUCUCACCUCGACGACGCCAGCCGUUGGCCGGUGUGGACGGCGCUGUUGGUGUACAGGAGUAUAUUGGAUGAGAUCGAGGAGAAUGAUUAUGACAACUUGAACAAGAGGGCUUAUGUUGGGAGAGGGAAGAAGCUGCUCAUGUUGCCAUUAGCUUACAGCAGAGCUCAAUUUCGACCACCUGCGUUGCUACUUUCUUAACUAAAAUCCCCAGCCGCUCCAGCAAUUUGCCGACUGUUCUUAGUGUUCUUAUGUUGUAUCAGAGCGAUGCCGGUUGUUUCACUGUGUGUGUCUAUAAUAUAAGAUAAGAAAGAAACUAAAGAGGCUAGCUAAGCUCAUCUAUGUUACAUGUAUUUAGUGUGGUUUAGUUUGUGGGAAUCGGAUGAACCAGUUCAAUUUGUAGUAUCAGUGAUUGAUUUGAUUCUAACCGCAUUUCGAUUGUAUAAUUUAUGCCAUGAGAAUGAAAUUUAUAGUACUUU